AUGGAAAUCGAUUUCACUCAUUCACACAACCCGACUCUAUUUGGUUCACUAUCUGUCUCUCCGCCAGCAUCAAUGUUCGAUUCAUUCUCGCCAUUACUCCAAUUCAACGAUGACUUUCUGGAUGUUCUAAAUCCGACGUCCACCGACGAUGAUACUGAUGAUUGGAUGAAACCGUUAUUACUCGAUCAAUUGUUUGAACAUGACUUUUUAUCACCACAACUUUCACCCGAUGAUAUGGAAGUGAAACAAGAAAAACCACAAGACGAUGACAAACGAAAAUUAAUAUCGCUGAAUAACAACUGUUCAUUUAUUGUCGAUGAAAAGUUUCUUUCGAAUAAUUUUUCUCAACAGCAGCAUCGAGAAAACGAUCUGUUAGACUUUCUUCAACAGCAUACUGAACAACAAUUACCACCAUUACCAACUACCACGACAACAACUGUUCGAUUAAUACAUCAACCAAAAAUCGAACCGGCUGAAUUACCAACAACGCUGUACGUUAGUGGCAAUGAAUUACAAUUUCAUCCAAUUGUAACAACGAAUAAUACCGUCAGUAAAACUAUAGGGCAUACUUACACAACAACAACAUCGUCACCUAUUUCAUCGGUCCCGAUACAGCCAUCAGUGCCUAUCGUGCCUGCUAGAGUCUUGAAAGGCAAAAAAUUUAAGAGAGGUGGACGUGUUUCAUCACGAGCUACAUCAAGAAGUACUGCAGCUGCAAAAAGACGAUUAAAUUCGACAGCAGCAGAACCAAAGGCAAGUGUAGUCAUCAUCGCAGAAGAUGCGACACGCAUCGAUUCGAAAACAACAACAUUAGGUUUAAGCUCAACGGGUGCAUGUUCAAACGAUACAGAUCUUUUGAAAUCUUCGCCAUCGACAACAACAUCAACACGUUCAUCUACUCGGCGACGUGUUAAAUCAACGCCACGAGAAGUGAUUUUAUUUCGGAAUGGUGCGUUCAUUUCUAAAGAACCAAUAGCUAAACAACAACCAACAACAACGCUGUGCUUCGAAACAACUACAACAUCACCAUCGAAUCCCAAUUGUCCAUUGCCGCCUCCACCAUUACAUCAACAACAGAUCACUGCAACAGGUCUACAAGCAGCUGCUCAAAUCGUUGCUUGUAAUGUUCUCCGGCAAGCGACAUUAAACGAUGCACUCAUAGAACAAUUGAUAAAACGUGAACCAGCCAAUACCGACGACGAUUUUCCUAUCUAUUGUUACUCAAGUCCAUCAUUGUCAUCAUCAUGCACAAUGACAGCAGCUAUGGAUGAGUACGAAAAUAGUUGUUCAACAACACUAAAAAUCCUUGGAUGUAAUACCACUGCCCCUCUACAUCCUCCGCCAUCGAAUAAUGCGACAACAACAACAACAACAAUUGAACUACUUACUUUUGCUGCUUUACAACAACAACAACAACAGCAUCGUCAACCACAAUUUUGUUACAUUAAACAAGAACCAGGUUCUACAACAACAACUACGACAACGUUUCUUCUUCCUCGAUUACUUCCACAGUGA